AGCGCUUUGCCGGAUCUAUUUAGAAUGUGAUAAAUAUAAUGUGUAUUUUGAUAGUAUUGGACUUACAGUGCGUCAAAAACUUGUGUGAUAUUAAACUUCGCAAAUCAUCAAAUGCCAUAUAUAUUCACAAAACCUAACCAAAGAUUGAAAAGUUCAUUAAAAAGAAGCACGGUGAAAAAGCAAUAAAAUGGAUAUCGAAAGCAUUUUAACAGGAGGUUUGACUUCGGCCUCCAGCGGAUUUUCAUGGUUCUUUCCAGUUCUCGCUGCGGCGCUUCUCUACUUUCAAUACGAAACUCUAGACAAUGAAGCUAACCCAAUUAACGUACCGUCGGAGAUAAUAUUACCGUCGUAUGAUUUUAUAGUGAUAGGCGGCGGCUCGGCAGGAGCCGUAGUCGCUAACCGUCUUUCUGAAAUUGAGGAUUGGAACGUGUUACUAUUGGAAGCGGGUGGUGACGAAACGGAGCUCUCAGAUGUGCCACUGCUCGCCGGUUAUCUUCAACUGAGCCAACUAGAUUGGCAAUACAAGACCGAGCCGCAAGACGAUGUUUGUUUAGCCAUGGAGAAUGGUCGUUGCUUAUGGCCUAGAGGCAAAGUCAUUGGCGGCUCAAGUGUGUUAAAUUAUAUGCUGUAUUUGAGAGGCAACAAGCGAGAUUACGACAUGUGGGAAGAGCAAGGUAAUCCUGGCUGGGCAUUCCGUGACUUGUUGCCCUAUUUCAAGAAGUCAGAGGACAAUCAAAACCCGUACUUGGUUCAGACGUCGUAUCACGGCAGUGACGGAUAUUUAACCGUGCAAGAAGCGCCGUGGCACACGCCUUUGGCGGCGGCCUUCGUGCAAUCCGGCCAAGAAAUGGGCUACCAAAAUCGCGAUAUCAAUGGCGAGUAUCAGACCGGCUUCAUGAUCGCCCAGGCCACUAUAAGGCACGGUAGUCGUUGCUCGGUCGCAAAGGCCUUUCUUAGACCAGUCAGACUCAGGAAAAAUCUACAAGUAGCAAUGCAUGCGCAUGCGACCAAAGUGCUAGUGCAUCCUACAUCGAAGCGCGCUUACGGAGUCGAAUUUGUCAGAGACGGCAAGAUAUUUCGUAUACGCGCGGAAAAGGAGGUGAUCGUUUCCGGUGGCUCGGUGAACUCGCCGCAAAUACUUAUGCUGUCCGGAAUUGGACCACAGGAACAUCUGCGAGAACUUGGAAUUCCCGUGAUUCAAGACUCCAAAGUGGGUUAUAAUCUUCAAGACCAUAUUGGUCUGGGAGGACUCGCGUUCAUGGUCAAUCAGGAGAUUUCCAUGGUAGAAAAGCGUUUGAACAGUAUUCAGACGGUGAUACAAUACGCUAUGCUGAACGACGGGCCCUUAACGGUGCCGGGAGGUGUCGAGGGCAUCGCGUUUGUCAACACUAAAUAUGCGAACGUUUCGUUAGAUUUUCCCGAUAUCGAACUGCACUUUAUUUCCGGCUCGACUAAUUCGGAUGGCGGCAAGCAGAUAAGAAAAGCGCACGGAUUAACGAAGCAGUUUUACAACGCCGUCUUCGGGGCGAUCAGCGACAAGGACACGUGGAGCGUGAUCCCCAUGUUGCUGCGACCGAAGAGUCGCGGUAUGAUUAAGUUGCGCAGCAAGGACCCGUUUGAUCAUCCCCUUAUCUAUCCGAACUAUUUUAAGGAACCGGAGGAUAUCGCCACGCUGGUCGAGGGAGUAAAAAUAGCCGUGGCCCUCAGCAGAACAAAAGCUUUUAAGCGUUUCGGAAGCGAGCUGAACUCGCAGCAAUUUCCAGGAUGCAAACACAUUCCCAUGUAUACCGAUCCGUACUGGGAAUGCAUGAUUAGGUAUUAUAGCGUCACAAUCUAUCAUCCGGUUGGAACAUGCAAAAUGGGCCCUUACUGGGAUCCCGAGGCUGUCGUCGAUCCGCAACUCAGAGUUUACGGCGUAGCUGGGCUUCGUGUGAUCGAUGCCUCGAUUAUGCCAAACCUUGUAAGUGGAAACACUAAUGCGCCAACAAUCAUGAUCGGUGAACGCGGAUCGGAUAUGAUCAAAGAAUAUUGGUUGAAAUUGAAAAACAGAUCUGAGGCAGUAAUAAACGAUAAUUAUCGCGAUUUGUCAGAUUAAAUUCCUACAUUUAUUCUAUGAAUGACAAAACAAGUAAUAAGACAAAAAGUAAUAAUUAAUAUAUCGAAAAAAAACUCCAAUCAAAAAGACUUUCGCGUAUAUUUUUUUAG